AUGCACUCUACGUCGGCCAAGGAGACCGAGGCAGAGGGCUACAUGAGGAGCGGCAAGAAACAGCUGGAGAAGAGGCUGUUUCAAUUCAAGGCAAAUUACGGCGGCGCCGCCGAAGACUUCGACAAGGCCGCGCGCAUCUACACAAACUUGGGCAACUAUCCCAAGGCGCGUGAGGCCUGGACGCAAGCCUCUGAGGCUCACAGUAAAGCCCAUAACCACUUCAACGCCGCGAACUCGAUGGAGAAGCUGGGCGACCUUGCUUCCCAGUAUAUAUGUGAGUCCCAGAGCACCAUGUCAAGUGGCAGCACUGCCGGCAUGACAACGCAGCUGAGCGAGCAUCUCUUUCAGGACGCGAUUCACGCCUACGAGGAGGCAUCCAAGCUGUAUGGCGUGGCCACGAAUGGGUCGAAGCAGGCGGCGAUGCUUAAGAAGGCCGCAGACCUAAUCUCGCGCUCCCUUGCGACGGCGCAUUACCGCCGCCCCGGCACCAGCGGCGCCGCCACCGUCGAUACGGCGUACCUACAAAAGGAGUACAAACGCAUCGUUCCGGAGGUUAUAGAGCUGAUGGAGCGCAACUGGGAGGCGACGGAGUCGAAGCCGUUCGACUUGCCGGACAUCUACCGAUCCUACAUGCUCUUCUGCCUCCGCUCCGGCGACGUCGAGGGCGCCGUGCAAGUUGAAAAGCGCAUGAUUGGCGUUAUUUCCACCACCCCAGCCGACGGCACGUACGACGACGGCAAGAACCUCUUCCGCGUUCUCAACCAACCCAGCAACGCCGCAAAGGCCGGGCUGGAGAUUAUCGUGCUCUGCCUCAGCACGUCCGUCGAUGACGGGUACACGUGGGCCAGCAUCGAGAUGGGUCGUCUCGGGGCUGUGUUUGGCUUCUGCAACUCGUCAGAGGAGCGAGCGGCGGCGGCGCUGUUGGCCGCCUACGCCGAGCGCGACGAGGAUGCCUUGCAAGAAGCACUGAAGAUGAACUCGUGCUUCAACUUCCUCGCAGCAGACGUGUCUCGAAUUGCCAAGAAGCUGACACUCGAGGGCAAGGGGCACUCCAGGGCGGCGGGGGCACCAGUGGCAGCUGCCGGCGGUGCGGAACGCUCAGCUGUGCCGCCGUCCUCGUCACAAGCGCCGGUGGACGCAUCCGAGACGGACUCCGAGGACCUCCGAUAG